AAUACAAUUCAGCAGUUGCAGCGAACAGACGUGCAGUGGCUCUCGUGCUUGCGAAAAAAAACUAAAACAAAGCAAAAAACCAAAACGAAAUUCAAUUUCGCUUGAUUGUUGAAUGCACUUUUAUAUUUAUUUUUUUUUGCGGUGUUGCGCGCGUGUGCAUGUGUGUGUGUGUGCGUCGAGUUUAACAAGUGCGACACGUAGCGGCUAAAUACUGCAACAACGACGAAACACCGAAACAUCGAGAAACAAUUUCACAUUGUUGAUAGUACUUUGUGCGCUUUUUGUUUGGCAUUUUUAUUUUGUGCGUAACGACCAAGCAAAGCAAAAACAUAACAAAAACAUAAAAAUGGCUUUCAUGAUGCCGGUAAUGAAAAACAAUUACGAUAUCUAUAAGGAUACACGUUCACGUUCACGCAAAACAUCCGAGUGCUCAAAUGCAAGCAGUGGCGGCGGCGUCGGCGGCGCUGCCAGCGCCCCAGCAUCGCAGCAGCAGCAGCACCAGCAGCGACGUCGCAAGGUGUCCGAAUGCAAAUCGGAAAGUUUUGCAACCUCGCCGUCGCCGUCACAUGGACAAUUUGGGGGUGGGCAGCGCAGUCACAGCUCGCGCGGUUUUACACGCAAUGCAUCGCGCUGCUCGCAAGGCGGCUCCUCGCUGCAAAUGUCGCAACUGCAGCUGCAGAUGAUGUCGCCGACGCGUUCAAGUCCGCCAAGUCGCACGCAAACUGCAUCGGCAUUGGAACGUCAAGCGGCAAUGCAAGCAGCAGCGCAGUCGGCAGCGGCAGCAGCGGCGCAACAGCAGCAGCAGCAACAACAGCAACAACAGAGCAACAAUGAUUAUACGAAAUUCCAUUUGCGUUUGGUCGACAAGCUGCGUAAAUCCUUUCGCAAGGAUAAUGGCAAGCGAUCAUGAGAACAGGUCACACACACAAACAGCAACAGCAGCAACUACAACAACAACACCAACUACAACAAUAACUACAACAGCAACAACAACGUCAGCAGCAGUAGCAACAAUAACCACAACAACAACAACUACAACGAUAAUUGGCAGCCGCAACGUUCGCGCAGCGUCGUCAGCCGCUUAAGUCGACGCCUGCGUCGCUGCUGCCAAGCAUUGGCAGGCGCACCCGCCGUCGACGUUGGCGUCGUUGGUGUUGAGCUGGAUUUUAAUGACGUCGGCGGCGGCGGCGGCGGCAGCGCUGAGCAGCUAACUGCAAGCAGUCCCUAUGCCAUGCGUCGCUGUCGACGUCGCUGCAGCAGCGGCAGCAGUCUAAAUCGUUUGAAGCUGCGUCUGCGUCGCACAACUUCAUCGCCUGGCUAAGAACAAACAAACCAAUAGAGGGCGCUGCGCAGGCGUCUUUCCAAUUUUUGGAUGGAAUGACAUGGGAAUGGAACUCACGAGUGUCAGAAUGCAGUAACUGGUUGCUGCGGCAACAGAACGAAAGCAGCGAAGCGCGCAGCACUAAUUUCCAGUGCAAGGCGCAAAAACUGAACGGUUACAGCAAAAAAGAAAAACGAAAAUAGCGAGAGCGUCGAUAACGACGACGGCGAGGGCGAACGAAGAGCGACAUCUAGCGGACAUUUUGUAUUGUAAGAAUGUUGAAUAAGUUGGCAGCUGUUUGCGAAAUGUUUUUACUUUUUUGUUUUCCUUUUAUUUAUAUUGUAUGUUUAUGCUUUACAUAAGUUAAAUUCCCUCUUUUUGCUUCUCAGUGUAAUAUACGUAUAUUUGAAAACAGAUCUAAUUAUAUAUACAUCUAAAUAUAUAUAAAUAUUGUAUUAGUUAACAAUAUAUAUACAAGAAUAUUUAUACAUGUAUUGUACUUUUUACAUAUACUAAAAGGCUUCCACACACACCCCCACACACACACACACACACACACACACACAUACUCUUCAAACACAUCGAGAAACCAUAGAAAAAGCAGAACCAAAAAGAAAAAAACACAAAACAAAACAAUUGAGACAAAUUUGCAACUGCCAAUUGCAU